UUUUAUGGCCGUCGCACCGCAAUCGGCAUCGCCAAUCGCCGUCAAGUCGGACGUGCCGGAGCUCGCCAAAAAAUUGCCGAAAAAACUUAAUCGGAGGGGUUGCACAGUGGUGUGAGUCCCCAAAUAAACGUAGGAAGGUCCGGCAAAUUCAUUUUUCCCCACCAAGAACGAACGAGUGCCACUUCUGUGGGUAGAUCGAGGCGAAAUCGUCGUCAUCGCCAUGGCCCAAUUAGAGCUCGACCCGCUGUUCCUCAAGGCCCUGCGACUGCUACACUCGAAAGCCAAGGACUCGGCUGAGCAGCUGCGGCAGCUCAUCGAAGACACGCUCGUGCAACGCCAGGGCGCCAGUGGGGGCUCUACAGGGAGGGAUACCAAGACGCUGCUCACCACCAUCAAGCUGGAGAAUGAUGGCAAGGCACACCUUUUGGCACGGCGGCAGUCGCCAAAACAGGAGCCUGGAACUGGCAACAAUGGAGGUCCACCCGCCCUGUCGGCUAUCCGAAGCCUAUCCAGUGAUGAGCCGAGACGGAAAGACCCACCACCUCUAGAGUGCAAGCCACCUCCUCUUCCUGUUUUGGCGACAAAGGCAGAUACCCCAUCACCCGUCUUAGAGGUGAGUGGUUUGUUAGAAGCCAAACGAGCCCGCACCGAGUCGCCACAACUAGCCUCAUCCCAGUCUGCAUCGCCAGCUAGUCGUCUCGCCUCAUCCUCCUCCCCGGACUCAAGCAGCGAUGGAGAUGACUUCACCGUCGACAUGGGUCAAGUCUGUGUGAUGUGCAACCAACAGGAUGUAACUGCCAAGAACCAGCUGAUCGAGUGCCAAGAGUGCCACUGCCUCUACCACCAGGAGUGCCAUAGGCCGCCAGCCACUGACUAUGAUGUCAACGACCCUCGCCUCGUUUGGUACUGCGCCCGGUGUACGAAAAACAUGAAGAAAAUGACCAUCAAGCCUCCAAAGCCAGCAUCGAAGGUACCCUUUGGAGUUCCACGAGAGCUGACGCCACCAAGCAAACCAGACACACCUCCACCACUGACAUCUCAGCCAUUCAAGCGCGCCGAGUUGAAGGUUCCUGCACUAUCUUCCUCCACUGGCCCAAAUAAGCCCAUCGGACUCGCUGGCCUCGCCGCUAACCUGAGCAAACCGAAGCCGCUGAAGCCGAUGGGUUCCACCGCGCAGCCACAGAAGCCGCUGCCCACCGCAUUCCAGAAUCUCUCAAGCCUAGCCGCGGCUGCCACCGCCAUAAAGUCCGGUUCCUCCUCCGCCGGAUCCUCCAGAGGAAAUAAUGGAGGCAAUGGCAAUUCCUCGUCAUCGAACUCCUCCGGCCCGUCGCCGCCAGCACUCGUCCCCGUGAGCACUGCAGGUGGCAAUGGGAAGUCGGCAUCCUCAUCUCUACUUAUGUCUGCGGACAAGCGGCUGCAAAUAAUGAAGAAGAAAGCCGCAGCAAAGAUGCAGGAAAAGCGACGAGUAACGUCGAAGUAGUGCGAUUUCUUUCUUUUUUUUGCCCUCUCCUCUUCUCUCUCAGCGGCUGGUUCCGGAGUACGGUUUGCGCGGGACGCUGUAUUGACUCAAUAGUGUUAACCCCGGUACUGCAUUGAUUUAAAAGCGCCACACGUCUGGAACUUCUGGCCAAACGGGACAUCAUAAGACUAUGUGUCAUCCGUUCUUCGGCUUGAUGGAUUAUAUGACAAUUUGUCUUUUUUGUUAGCUUGAUCUCUAGCCACGUUGCGACCGCCUUGCCAACCGACACGACAGCAAGGCAAGGCAUCUGCUGUGAACUUAAGGUAUUGUGCCGACAGUGUAACCUGUUGCGCGGAGCGUCGUGGAACAUUCGUACUGACGCAAGAAGCAAGUUUGAACUAGCGAGAAUGUCAUGCUGCAUUUAAUGACGCUUGCUGCUUAAAGUGUCAAGAUUUGUGCACCUCAUUGUGCGCUGUUGUUUAUACCAGGUGCCUGGUAAAUGCGUAGUUAGCACUGACUGAUAUAAUAUUGUAUACCAUACGGUUCCUGAAAAAACACCGAUUUCCAAUGAAACACGACUGUGCUGGAUCUGUUCCCAUACAACUGUGGCAAGUUGCAUGUCGUUUGUGCAGUUUUUAUUGUGAAGAGCUGCAACAGAUGUACAUGUGUCCAGCAUGUGUCCAGCACGAUGCAUGUUCCAAGUCCAUGAUUGUAAAUACUUUCUCCAUUCUGAAGGAAAUGGUAAUUGCUGUAUUUGGAGGCCAUCAUUGAACUGCAUCUAGAGCUUGAGUGACAGUGUGACUACAUCACUCGGUCAAAAGACUUCAAUGGUAGUUCAUCUGGUGGGGAAGGUACCACAUAAGAUGGUUAAGUUUUGAAGUUUUAAUCACCACAAGACCUUGCUUGAACCGUUUUAGCCCUAUGAGCCGCAAGAUGUCUUGGUGAUUUCAAAGACUGCUUCGAGAUUGUCAGUUCAGUCCUGUCCAAAUAAUGCAUGAAUGAAGAGGAAGUGAAACUUAUAAAGAGGGGAUGCUUGCCACUGGGUGAAGCAGUGAGGCACAAACAAUGCGCAUGUUUGAAAUGUCACUGUAGUGAAGUCAGUGAACAAAUGAACGAAGUCACCGAGUGAUUUCCAAACACCAGGGAGGUGCAUUAACAUAAUACUUAUAACGUACCUUUCUCUGUAUGUGUUUGCUGGUUGGUUGAGGGCAGAUGAUGCAGAAACAACACAUCGCUAGUGCAUUGAUUGCUCUUAGUCCAGGAUUACAGAUAUCACUGAGUAAAGUUGUCAAGGGCAUAGUCACAGACUGGCUAUCUAGUCAGCCAUCUCUAGUGCUAGAGAGUGAUUGGUUGAGCCCUGUCUGUACGUAAAAUUUCCAAGUCAGAUUCAUCUGUUCUCCGCUCCAAGCCUCGGUCCUUGAAUGUUGAUAUGGAGCUGUUCCCGGUGUCGUUAGAUUGUGGAAAAGUAUGGUGUGCAAGAAGUAAUGGCGCGUUCCAUACGACAAGUGAAUUAAGAACGCAAUAAUGACUUUUAGCUUUCAGUCAUCCUAUAGGCUUGACAUUUCAUUAGCAUUCAGGCACUCACAGAAAGCUUACAUUUGAAAUACAAGCCCACAUAUUAAUGUUUCGUUAACUUUCUAUGAGGCGUCAUAUCGGCGAAAUUUUCCUGUAAUGCAGAAGAAAUGUUGAAGUUAUGUAGUAGUACAUACCAAGGAAGUAUUUCCCGUAGUAGUCGACAACCCUGCACAUUUGACAUAGCCGUCGGCUAUCCUGCGCAUUGCUUUUAUUUUCAGUGCUGGCACGCCCAGGAAUGGUUUUCAGUGUUCAUAUUAAGUAGCCAGCUUUCCCGUUUCUUUAGUCAAAUAUUUAUCAGAAGACAUAGACAUUACUGUUAAAAAAAAGCGCCUUGGGCAUCCAGUUGCAAAGCAGUUCUUCAUGUUGCCCAGAGCUUGGUUGUGAGUACCUGUCAUCUGGUUCACUUUAAUACAAAUGUGCACACGUCUGUCUAGAGUGAGAGCACACAAUAUCAUUUUUACCCACGAGCCUUCGAGUGAAUGUCAAGUUGGGUUGAAAAAGCAUUACAUUGCCUCAACAUGAAUGGAACUGAGCACAGCAUGUACUAUAACAGACAAACGAAAUAAGUUAAAGCUAACUAGAGCACAUCCUUUCAUUUCCCUAUUCACCACUUCAUGCGAUGCCUGCACAAUUUCAGAUGUACAUUUCAUUUAGGUCCUGCAGCAUUUUCGGUGACCAGAUACGUGCCAGCACAACUGAGUUAUUACUCUUAAGAAGUGGUCUACUUUAUAGUUUCCUGUUCAUGUUCCAUUUGUUCAUAUAGUCCAGUGCUCGCUGAAUGAAACGCGAUAAUCAAAGCGCACAUCGCUUGGUAAAUUUUGCGACUCAGCUUCAUUUAGAGGGCGACAUUCUACUCAUUCCAAGCUCGAGGUGAGAGGUAUAAGAGCAAGUCAUUGGUGCAUUUUUCACCAUCUUCAUAACUACACACAGGGUUCAGAAGCAUAUACAAAGCUGUCCACUCCCAGGAAAAAUACCUCACUGCUACUCAGACUUAUCCUUCAUUGAUAGUCAUGUGGCCCAGAAAAUCAUAACAGCUUUAUUUUUUCUGGUUAAGGAAAUUCUGUAGUUACGUUCAAUUAAAUAUUGUGUUUGUUUGUUUUCCAUUUAAUAGAUAAUCCAGUGUGCUUCACAGCACAAAAAAUAUGUAAGUCAAGUCCCCACAUUAUGUUUCAUUUGACUGCGACUAAACAGAAAAUGAACUCUGAAGUGAUGCAAGACUUAGUCAUACUUGUGCAAAUUCCUCAUCGCUGAAUCAUUUUGUCAUCUUGCACAUCGUUGCUUGCUUGCUGUGAUCCAAGUUGCGCAAAGAAUGUCACAGACAGAAGACAUCGAGGCGCACCAUUUGUCAUGUAAUACCCCCUUAGCAGGAUUCACUGCAUUGUGCAUUGUUGGAUGACUGACGUAGAUCGUGCCAGCCUGCUCGGAUUACCCAGUGAAUACUGCCGAAAUGAGAACUCUUCACAUGGACUCUGCAGAGUGUCGAGAUACUGUCUUCGUGACACGGCGUAACAUGAAAUGUGCUUGCUACCCGGUGCAUUACUCUUUAGUACAGUACCCUGUUAAUUAAUGUCUCAGUGAGUCUGUAUACUGUCACUGUUGGACAGAAUUACAGAACACUGGAGACAUAGGUGGCAGCAGGGCCGGUAGCACCCCCUUGUGAUGCUUUGUUCAACCACAGUGCAUUAGAAACAUUGCUGUGUUCCAUGAACGUUCUCACCAACGGAAAAUAAGAAAGACAGCCACAAAGUGCACAUCAAUGAUUAUACUGCUGGCAAGGAAUUUGCAGCAGUAGCUACAUAGCUUGUACUCUGCCACUGCUGCAACAGUUCUGUGCACUGUAGUUGAACUAAGUGCCACAAGGUGGCACUGCCAGCAAAGUUGCCCUAUUUUUCAAGGGCUUGAAGCUGCCCAUGUCUGUGUAUCCAGCACUUCGGUAACCUGUAAAUGGUAAUACGUAUAUUGACAGGGUUUACCUCUCCAACGUCAGGACGCGAUAAAGUCGAUGGUUGCAUCGCAGGUGUCAUGUGCAGUUUACAGACGGCUACAUGCCAUUGAGUUUUUUGCAAAAACCACUAGAGGGAACUUCGCGCUAGUGUCUGGGGGAGCUGCAAACACUGAGUGAACAGCCAGCAUGGGAAUGAUUGGUAGUUACAUGGAUUUGGAAAAAAAUUUGUCGCUUCGACUUCAAACUGGUUUACGACUUCUAAAAUUGAUCGUUUUCAGCAAGAUAUUGCAUUAUAAGUGCUACAAUUUGCAACGAGUCCGAUUGUGCACAAAAGCUUAUUGCCUUCACGUAUUUGGAAAAAUGAUUGCUUGGAAACGUGGAAAGAUAAAUUGUGAUAAGGCCACAACAAUGUCUGAAGCUACAAGCACAAUGAUUAGAGGAGUCCAUGUACUGCAAUUAUGCCGCCCGUUGAUUAUUCCCAUGGAAUGAUUCACAUCAGCCAUAUCGGUCACCUUGCUUGCCGGAACUGCAAGCAAGAAACCAAUAGGGCUCGUUUAGAUGAGCUUUGGUACUUUGUGCAAGAAUCAUCAGUGGUUUUAAAAAAGCAACUGCAGAAAAUUUAUGCCAUAGGCUGUUUGUGAUGCAAAAAACUAGGUGACCCUACAACAGGGUUGCAUAGCUGCAUUUGAUGGUCUACCUUGCCCUUUGUCGCACAAACUAGUGUUGUAAGCCAGCAAUUUUUUGUUUGUUCCCUCAAGUGCUUUGCUGGUUUCAGGGCAUUUGUUUUAUGUUGUUUCUAUGGGUGUUGGGGAAUGCAUUAUUUAUAAUCACAACUGCUCCCUUGUUGGUGGAAUAACGGGUCGUCAAGACUUACAAGUAUUUUGGAAAUAUUUUUUUUUCUUUUCCAUUUCUUUUUCCGAGGUAGAGGAAUUGAAAUUGUGAUACGACUGCUUUUCAUGAGGCCUGCUUCCUCGAGACACAUGUAACGAGAACCGCCAUCACAGCAAUAAAAGAGAAAAAAAGAAAAGAAAAACGAAGCAUCACAAAAAUGCAAACACUAAUUGUAAAAGCAAAUCAGAUUAAAGAUGCUGAAACAACUGUUUUGCUGA